AUGGGGCCCCUUUUGCGGCGUUUGCUGCGCCGGGGUGGCCCCCUGGGGGCCCCUCAGGGGCCCCCCAAGGGGGCCCCCCAAGGGGCCAACCAAGGGGCCCCCCAAGGGGCCCCUAACUUUAGUGUUGAAGUUUACCUUACGGACAUCGACCUCGAGGCCCUUCAGCUGUGCCGGCGAACGCAGCAGCUAGACGAGUUCCUCUUGGCGGGGCCCCCUGGGGACCCCCUUGGGGGCCCCUCUGGGGGCCCCCCUGGGGGCCCUCUGGUUGAGGGCUAUGGGGCCCCUACGACGCCAACAGGGUCGCCCGCUGCCGCUGCAUGCGUUCAAGGUGAGGGGCCCCCCGUAGGGGGCCCCCCUGUCAAGGUUUUUGUAAGGCGACUGGACUGGACGCAGGGGGGCCCCUGGGGCCCCCUGCUGGCAAAGGGUACCUCAACAGGGUACCAGGAGGGGCCCCCUAGUGCAGGGCACCCUUUACCCAAUUCUGCUAAUGGGGAAGGCUCGGGGCUUUCUGGGGGUGACCAGGGGCCCCCAAGGGGGGCCCUAGGGGGCCCCCAGGGGGGCCCUCCAGGGGCCUCCAGCGGGGGCCCCCUAGGGGGGCCCCCCGGGGGGGCCCCCCAAGCAGAUGAGUUCAGCUGGAGUCAAGAAGAAUUAGAAACCCUAGGAGCUAAAGGAGCUGUGGAUCUUGUGUUGGCUUGUGAUGUGCUUUACGACUUUGACUUGAACUGGCGGCUGGCGCUUUUGCUGCAGCAAGUGCUGCAGCAAAACCCUUGCUGCUGCUGCCUCGUGAGCCACAGCAGGCGGCUGGGCUUUGUGUGUGCUUCUUCUUUUGUUGCUGUUGAUGUUUUUGCUGAGGACUUCUGGGAUCGCUUUUGCUGCUUCCAAGACGAUCCCAGCCCCCCCCUCAGCAGCAGCUUCUUCCAGCUGUACGUACACCCCACGCCUGCAUGCAGCCUCCGCUGCGCUGCAGCAGCAGCUCCAAAGACACUCGAAGCAGCUCUGGCUCUCACGGGGGGGCCCCCCGAGGCCCCCGGGGCCCCCCGCCAAACGGGGUCCGGGGGCCCCUCGGGACCAUCAUGGCCUGAGGGGGCCCCUCAAGAGGAGGGGCCCCUUCAAGAGGAGGGGCCCCCUAAAGAGGAGGGACCCCCUGAAGAGGAGGGGGCCCCUAAAGAGGAGGGGUCCCCUGAAGCGGAAGGGCCCCCUGAAGGGGAGAGGCCCCCUGAAGAAGAGGGCCCCACUGAAUUGGAGGAGGGGCCCCCUAAAUGGAAGGGGCCCCCGCAGGUGGGGGGGCCCCCUAAAGGGGAGGGGCCCCCUGCUGCAGAAGCCCAGCAGUUUGCUGUGAUGCCUUGGGAGGCAGAAGAGGGGACAGCACACGGGGAGGUGUGGCAAUUGAGCCUGAGAAGGCCAUUUUAG